AUGUUCCAUUUGAAAUGGACAGCAACAGGAAAAUACGCAGCGGAAGAAAGAAUAACAGAGAAAGUCAAGUAUUUUGGUGUACAAUAUCUUACUUGCCUGCCGUAAGUUUCCGUCUCGUGCUGCAAUGGCUGUCUGGACUCUUCCGCUGUGUUGCCGCUAACAGUGUUUCAAGGGAAGGGACCCGUAUAAUCUAUCACCAGCUAGUUACCUGAUGGACCGAUGGGCCGAUAAUUAAUCAAGAAGAGGCUGCCGAGGAUGCUUCAGUAUCCUUAAUUCUUUUCUUGGACGCCGUUAUAAAUAUCCCUUUUUCCCUGUACAGGCAUGCUGCAUGUACUAUUAUCCGUGUAAGUUCGCGCUCAAGGAGAUACUUAGUAUAAAACAACCAAUAGUUCGUCCGUGCUUAGCCGUUGAAUCCAUUCAUAAUAGGCCUCUGUAUCGCUCAGGAAAAGAAAGAUGGCCCUUGCAAGGUUGAUCAUUCAAUGGGUUCUGCCUCCUUUGAAAUCUUAGGUUGAAGCCAUCGGGUCUGCGUCUCAUGUUUGCCCUAUCACCAAAUGCUCUGUAUCAUCACACAGAAAAGGAUGAAGGGAAAGGGAGAGGAAGCAAACUGCACAUCGGCCAGACCGAAAAAGAGUUAAUACUGCAAGUUACCGUGUGGUACAGGACAUGGCCUCGAAACCCGGUGUCCGAUCGCAUGAAACGAACGCCAGACAAUGCGGUCGUGGUAUUGUCCAGACAGACCCCAUGUAUAAGAGAUCGCACAGGCAAUAUCUGACGAACUGUGCAUCACUUCAUCUUGCCCUAUUAGAUACAGGGCUGUCGGUCAAAGUAAAAUGAUAAUAAUAAUACGAACGUGAACCUGGCGUCGAUGAAACGCCUCUUCCAUCGUCCGCUUACUGCCGAAUAAUUUGACACUUGUGUGAUCUCCAUAAUUACCCGAGGCCCAGCGUCCAGGAGAAGAAGGAAACGAAGGAGCAGAAGAAGUUUGUUCAAGUGACGGGAGAAGGCGAACGGGCCGUAGCGGACGGCAGCACGAGGGAGAAGAACAGGUGGUCACUCUGAGGGGCCACAGGUUUGAGUAGCCGAUGUGUAUGCACACGCUCACAGUAUCCUCGUCCUUCGUCCUUCGUACCGAGGCAACGUCCGUCAACUAAACAGUUAGUUAAUUAUCGAUGGUCCCGAAGGUUUGAAGCAGCGCAAGGCACAUUUCAUCUAGCAGGACGUUGCAGUGGGAUCGGGUGAGCAUGGGCAGAGAGAUGGAGAAGACAACUGCACGUCUGUCUGCCGGUGGCUUCCCCAGACAGCCAGCGAAGCCAGUUCCUGCACGUGGAGGAGACGCAGAAGCGAAGAGGCCGGCCGAGCGAAGGGGACUCCGCAGCUGCCCAAGUCUUUGCGUUUCAUCUGGCGUUCGGAGCAGCGACAAGGGGCUCAGCUUAUAUGGUCCCGGAAACGACGGUGCUAGGAGUCACCAGAGGGGCUUUCCUGAGAAAAGUGGUGUUUGUCAUUCCGUCUCUUCGGCCCGUACUAUGGGUACGAUAAAAGGGCCCCAUAAUAUGAUCGGAUAUUUGCAAUUGGGUGUUCUGGUCCAGGAUUCACUCCUUUGCGUGUAUCCUUAAUUGGCACGGAGUAUGCCGGAGUCACCCCCAAGCUAACUAACUCGUUGGCUAGUUAGCCAGUUAGUUAUAUGAGCCUGGAUUAAUGGCCAUCCCCCUUGUCAGCGUCUCGUCUGACCCAUGCAAUCCUAAACUAAACUGCCUAACGAGCAAGGCGGACCUCACCCCUCGACUGUCCAUCUAGAGUCCUCCUUGGUUAUGGUCGAUGUGAUAUGUGUUGGGCACUGCUUCGAAUAAGGAGACAACUUCUCCGACUCCCGUGCAGGUAACCCAGUUAGCCACACCCCCCUAUAUUUAUAUAUGAGGGACGGACUGCCUAUGCCGGUUGCUGAGGCAUGGACCAAACCUCGUGGUGUCUCACGUCACUCUGCACUGUGCCUCGUGGUGAUCCAUAUGCCAUCUGCCCCCAGAAUCCCGCCAGUCCGGUCGGGGGGUUCGCGAAAUAUUUGGUCGUGGUCUGACUUUUGAUCCCCUUAAACUGCCUCCCCCUAAAGGAUAGUGGGAGCGUGAGACCGACCCUCUGUCUAUUCACACCAUCAACUCUAUCCAACGAGGUUAUCGGAGAAUUUACUCGCUUUCUCCCGUUCUCUCUUCCUCUUUUUUUUCAGGUCAGAUGGGCAUGGAGAAAAGAAAAAAGGAACGAAAGGAAGCAGCUACAUACCGACAACGUCGGUCACCCCCUUGCCCGGCUCUCCACAGCGUAUAUAUAAGUACGCCUGGAGUACACACCAUCAGAAAUCAGAAUAUGGCCACGGCCAGCGCAUCAACUCCCCUCAAGCAUGGAUGAUUGCUCUCCUGCACCCAGUGCGCCAGUACUAGGUAGUGUGUCGAUGUGACGACCUUCUCAGCUUAGCUAGCAAGUUCCUUAUUAAUUAACGAGGCCCUUGGGGAAACAAGCCCGAGUUGGUCGCUAACUUACUGGAAUAUGCAUAAAUAAACUACCCAACAGCCAUCCUUUCCCGUAUUAAAUUGUUGACAGGAAAAUCCAGCGCAUUUGCUUUUUUUUCUUUCUCUUCGUUUCCCCCCCUUCUUCUUCGAAUGAAUAAUAAUUCCUUUUAUCAAGGGGAAUCAUCUUUCCCCUUCCCCAUACGAGAAAUGCUUAGCUUAUAGUUACCUCGUACGUAACAAGCAGCAGCCUCAGCUAGGGAGACACUGCCAGCCUGCUCUCUCCCGCAAGGCAUUAUUAUGAUGUUUCUUUCCCAUCUUCCCGUCUAAAUAUAACCAAAAAAAAUAAACCAGCGUGGUGCUAAAUGGCUGACAAGCCUUUUAACAUGCGACAGGGAGGACAGGGAGGUCGAACCUGCAAUUGGGAUUCGGAGAUGGAGACGGAACCCUCGGACAUUAACUCAUGUUUUGUAUCCAUCGCAUCGUCAGGAUGCAUGUACUUAUUCCUGACCAGGGAGAUGAAAGGUACAUGCAUGCCAGUAGGUGAGUAUGGACAUAUUUUUAAUACUUCCAUACUCUCUAUUGGGUAGGUAACAUUGCAUCGUAUCAUGAUCAUGAUCAUGUUCUAUUUUGAUCUCCCACGUUAUAAAGGGAGAGCCUUGCUGGCUUCCCACCCCAAGUCGUAAUACUCGACAGGGAAGAUGGACUUGGACGAAUACACCGCUUGUCGAUGUCCAGCUCUUCCGCCUCUGUUGGGCUAAGCUCGAUCGAGACAUUGCCGGGUGUAAGUUUGUAUAAACAGUGAUCGGCUAAGGCGUGUACAAAAGGGAGAAUAGGGGGUGGGAGGCGGGAGCAUGCUAUGUUUAGAUCUGAUAUAUAGGCUUGAGUUAGUUUACCGACGUUGAGCCGUUGGAGCUGGGCUGGUGAUCUCUCUGCCGUGUCUGUCGGUCAGUCUCAAUGUUUCUCUGGUCUCCUGUUGGUAUUUUGCAGCUGAUAUCACGGCCGGAGUGCUUGUGCCGUCGCUUGUUGACUGUUUACUAGCGAAGGUAACGGGCAGCCG